CUCCAUGCGCGAAACACGUUCCAUUCGCGCGCUAGCGUAUAAGCCCGGUGCUAGAGAUAUCCACCGCAAAUAGAAAGUAUUUCGUACGCGCGUAUGGCGAAAAAUUUCGCAUCCUUUCAGCAGCAGCAGUAACCAAUUAGCACCGAUUGAGUUUGAUUGAUACUCAAUAGCGUUGGGGUUCGUCAUCGUAAAACAACGCGUGUAUUGCAAACAUUAUCGCACAUUUUCGGGUGCGCUGACAGAUUGUAAAAUAUUCAGGGGGCGUUCUGUGUGUCAACAGCUACCAAAUCGGACGCCGGGCGUCCACUGGAAUCCGGCGACUGAUAGAUAAUUACAGUGGUUCACAUGCGCUAGUCUCGCUGAGUCUCGUUUGCCUGCCCCGCAAACCUGGAAAAACCUGAAUUGAAAUUCAACAGACAGACAGACCCUCGAUCGCCGGGCUGAUCGUGUGAAUGCUGUAUACUAACUUGUGGGUCUCUCGACCUGCACCAAGCAGUGUGGAAUGUUAUAUAAGUCAGCAAGCAACCAAUAAACGGAGAAAUAAGACGGAAAAUCGAGUCUUGUCGUGCUGAAGUGGGUCGGUCGGUAGUUUUGGGCUGCAGAGCGUGUGAUGGUGAUGAAGAGUUGAAAUCAUAAUAAUACUACUGAAGCAGAAGCAGAACAGAAACAUCGAAAAGAUCGGAAAGAGCAGCAGCUAAACAGCAGCAUCGUGGUCGUGAAUGGAUUUUCCCAUAUCUGCAGCACCGAUCACGCAGAACGACCAUUCAUUUUCGUUCCAACAAAGAAAAGGUCAGUAGCCAACGAAAACAAGCGUAAGACGCGAGACGCGAGACUGCGGUGCAUCCCAACGAAAACAACGGUGCAGUGGAAACUAGCAAAGUCACCAAUAUUUUUGCCGAUGGCCUUGAAAUCGAUGGCUACGUAAAGAAAAUACCGUGUUGAGGUUUUGUGAGACGUUGUGGAGGUAGGCUGUUUGAUGGAGGGUAGACAACCAGACUACAUCAUUGGAACGCAUGGAAUUCCACAGCUUGUGAGCGGAGUGUUGCGCCCUGUACGAAAGCGAGACAAGAUGCACCCGAGCAACAACAGCAACAACAAUGCUGCAUCAAUAACGGAUCCCAUCAAACUGAAUAAAUGCCUGUACAAUCUAACGGUGCGGAAUGCUGCCGUUGGGGAUCACCCUUCGAAAUCCGCCAGUAAAACAAAACGUGAUAUAGCGAUAAGACGCAAUCUAUGUGGCAAUCAAUCAAACUCAACCACCGGUAGCAAUGGCAGUAGCGUGUCUUCCGUGAGCUCAUCACCGUCGUCGUCAUCAACUUCAGUAUUUAGUAACUGGAGGGGCCCGAUUGCAUCAUCAUCGGUGACGCACUGUGACCCACCAAGAAACGCAAGAUCUUACUCGAAUACCUCGUCCAUUCCUAGGAGUAGAAUUCAUAAUUUAAGGGGAGACAUUAGACUAGCAACCAGUACCAUUAAUCGUAACAGUAAUCAUAACGUUAGACUUAGUGAUGCUGGCGGAGGAACCCAAACACUUCUCAACAGCAGGCAACGGAGAAACGCAGGGGAACCGAGUGACUUAAACUGUGGAAGCAACGUGGUGAGACAAUGCAGACCAGCAGAUAGUUAUGAGGGACUCUGGAUAGUUAGUGGACAAUGUGCAACUAGAUGAACUUCUAACAGAAGAAACGUUGAUUGGUCCCUAUGCUGCCGUGUAUUCUGGCAAACCCAUGAACUCACGGUAAAAGUAAGCUUCACGUUACUCUCCUGCAGUGGCCACAAGCGAGUCCUGGGAUAUGCUGAAUAAAGACGCAGAACCUGUGAAGAAGUUGAUUGAAAUGACGAAGCGCCAAAAACUUGAGGAAAGAAAAAGGAGAGCUGAGUUGAAACGGAUAACCUUGAAUUAUUUCAUUGCUUUGAACAACGAAUAACUUGAAAUCAAAUAUAUAAUUAUCAUUUAAGUAAUAUAACCCUUGCGGUAUUUAAAAUUAUAAAGCUACAACAUAAAUAAACAUCAAUAAACGACCGGCAUUUUGAGGGAAAUAGAGGAACGGAUAAAAGGUUCCAAUUAUCACAACAGAGGUUGUUGAAAAUAAUUUCAAGUUAAUUUAAAAAAAAAGCAAGUGGUAAAAGUUUUAUUACAAGUUUAACCCUUUCAGGACCAUAAGGUUACGGUACCUUAUUAAAUCAAUUUAGCUAUAUGUUAUGAAUCAAUAGGCACCCUAAAAACAUAAUUUAUACUAAAAAUUCAAAAAACUUUUACCUUUUUUUUUAAAUUUAUGGCACAAAUAUGUCCCUAUGGUUGCUAUUAUGUAUUGCCAGUAAAAAUAAUAAAAAGGUACAUUCCGAAAUAUUAAAAUAAAAAAAAUAAUUUACAAUGGUUACGUGAAUAUUUAAUUAAUCCAUGAUUUUUGCUUGGGACAUCGGCGUCCCCGUGGUCGUGAAAGGGUUAAAAGCCAUUAAUGGUAGUAGACAAUUUCAAGACAUUUGUGUGUGCAUGGAAGGUACAUUGCAGUACAUUUUUAGACAGAGUAAGUCGUUGUUAUUUUCACAUGUUUGAUGAUUUCAUUGCAUUAGUAAUUGUACAGGAAUAAAAAUUGAGCUUAAAACGACAAGAAA